AUUCUGAAAAAAAAAACAAGUUAUUUAUUUUAUAAAAAAAAAAUGAAAAUUUAAAAGUAUUAUUUGGUGAAUUUUUAGUGAUUUUUUGCAAUACCGGUGAAAUGACAAGUAAGUACACACUGAGUGAUAGCGAGAGUAGUGUUACGUUUAGUAACAGUGGUUCUACUCCAAGUGGAAGUUUUGGAUCAGAAACUGAUGAUGAACAUCAUGAAGAUUUGGCUAAGGUCCCCUUGCAAGCGCCGCCGAGACGGAAAAGUAAAAUUGCAGUUAUGAACCAAAAACUCGAUGCUGGAGUUGAUAUUGCGGAUAUACAGAGUCCGAAUUCUACGAUCACCAGUGUCAACAGCAUCAGUAGCUUGCUUAAGGAAAAACUUCAGUUGUCUAUACCUCAGGCGCUACGCAGUAAUAAAAAAAGACAGAACGAUGAUUACAGAUUGAGAGCAUUCGUAGGAUUUUUAUUUCUAUGUGUAAUAUUCCUGGUAGGCUUUGCACAUAUAUAUUACACGCAAAAUGUUCUUCAGCGAGCUUACUUUGAAAAAUUCAGGUUCAACAAAAACCAGCGAGUUCUGCACGUGUACAGCAGCACAGGCGCCGAAACAGUCUCCGGAAAAUUAGGCAACGGAAUUCCAGAAGACACUGGAGUGUUCCCUUGUCUCCCCAACGACCAAAAGUCCGACUCAGUGUGCUUAGAAUGGCUGCACUACUCCAGACUGUACCUAUCCCACAGCAAGCGUGAGUCUAUGCACUGCUACCACCUGACCUGGCAGAGCUUGAACCCUCAGUUCAACCCUACAGACUGCUUCGACUGGUCGCUGCGCCGCGGCCAUUGGUACGGCGGCGGCCAGAUCCAGAACAUGGCUUACCCGCUUGAUUCCGGAAAGCUUGAGCUCUCUGCCUUCGUCACCGGGGACAUCAGACGGAACCCAUUUGGCAAUGUCCUUAAAAGGUACUUCUUGAACUCAAAAGGAGCGACGAUAAUUGUGGACUCGGAGUCGCCGCUUUAUAUUUCAAUUAAUGCGAACCGGACCAAAGAAUUCUGCCUCCAGGCGAAGCACGACGCGUUUGCUUAUAUAAACCAUCUUACCCCGCUGCCGCAGCUUAAUUAUACUAUUUGCGCAGCGGAUAAUAUCAAGAACCUUCACUCUCUGAUGGCUGAAAAGUCGCUCUGGGACGGUCUCAAGCCUGAAGAGCUCCAGGCUGUCGAUGUGUUGCUCUCAGAGCCGAUCUGGCAAAUUUCCCCGACUAACGAAGCCGCGAUUUAUAAUUACACUGAGGAUGUUAUUGCUCUUGGCUUUCUGAGGCAGGGUCAUGUUCUGCUCAGCGAAGAGUGGCAAAAAAGUCCUGGGGACUUUGUGCUGGAUGAAGAUCGCUUUCCCUCCAUGGAGGAGACUAUCAAUAUUAUCCGGCGUCGUGGAUUCCAGGUAGUCUUCUCAAUUCAACCCUUCAUCUCAACAGAGUCUGUAAACUUCAAAGACGCGAUAGAAAACCGGCUCCUAAUAUCAGAACGUGGAAGUGACCCGCGAAUUCCAGCAUUAACGAGGUACCACAAGAGCAACAGCGCAGGAGUGCUUGACAUAACCAACAACAAGACCCUUCCUUGGUUACUAAAGAAGCUAGAGGACCUGAAGACCAAGUACCACAUCCAUUCUUUCUACCUGGACCUGGGAACAGCGCAUGACAUGCCUCACUACUACAAAUGCGACCAACCUUUAACCAACCCUGACCACUACAAAACGCUCUUUACAAAAGCAAUUGUGAGCUCGAUCCCAGUCCUGGGAGUCUCUGGAGCGAUUUUGCGACCUAAAGCUCCAGUAUUUGUGAGCCUUCCUCCCUUUCCGUCCAGCUGGAAGGCAAUUAAGACAGUAAUUCCUACAAUUUUAAGCUACGGGAUGAUUGGGUUCCCUUUUAUCAUGCCCGGAGCCGUCGGAGGAGACGUAGCGCUCCCUAUGUCCGACAACAACCCGAAUAACGACAACGAAGUCAACCUUCCAGAUAAAGAAUUGUAUGUAAGGUGGCUCCAGCUGUCCACAUUUCUACCUGUGAUUAGAUUUACCCACUUACCUAGCAAGUAUGAUGAUGAGAGUGUCCUGGAGAUGGCCAAGUCCUUGACGACGCUCAGGCAGAAGACGGUGACCCCGUUGUUGAAGAAGUACGCCAAUGAAACUCUCAGUUCUGGGUUGCCCAUCAUCAGGCCACUCUGGAUGCUCGAUCCCAUGGACUCUGCUUGCCAUGUUGUCGUUGAUGAGUUCUCUGUGGGGGAAGAGCUUAUUGUAGCACCGAUUUUGUACUCUGGGAGCAGGCAGAGGGAAGUUUAUCUUCCUUCUGGGGUCUGGAGGGACGGCAUUGAUGGAAGCUUGAGGAAAGGAUCCAGGUGGAUCCAUAAUUAUCGCGUUGCUGAAGACAAAAUUGCGUACUUUGUUAAAAUGCCGGAUAAUAUAUUGUUUUAAAAUUUAA